CUAAAAUCUUCAAUUUCAAAAUCCCCAAAUUCGCACUUAUGGCGUUGAAAAUUCCGGCCGCCAUGGCCGUCUUAUUGCUCAUUAUGGUAUUGAUCUCCGGCUCGAAUUUCGCGUCGGCCGCUUCGGGUGGGCAGUCCGGCGGAAGAUUGUUCCGCUCCGGCAGAGUAUCGUCUUCGUCUUCGUAUUCGUCGAGGUCUUCCGGUUCUUCGGGCUCUCGGCCGCAGAGCAAAGUCGAGGUGGAAGUCGAGCUCAUGACGGCCGUCCUUUUUAUUGUGGCGCUUGCGAUUGUCUAUAUAGGCGUCUACCCGUGUAUGGGGUUUGGGAACCCAAGCGUCGUCAAGCUUCAGGUUGGUCUGAUGGGCAAGGCGCAAUCACUUCAAAAGGAUCUUAAUCAACUUACUGAAACUACUGAUAUGUCUACAGCUGAGGGCUUGAGCCGUCUUUUGGCAGGGGCAUCAUCAUCUUUGCGUCGCAAUCUUGAUCAUUGCAUCUCAAGUUACUCAUCUGUUACUCCAAAGUCCUAUAUGGAGGAUGCAGAGCAAUGCUUCAAACGACUUUCUAUGGAAGAAGCAGCUAAAUUUGACGAAGUGACGCUUUACAAUGUGAACAACUGCUUCGUGAAAUCAACAAACCAGUCACCCAAUGAAGUCCACAAAGAAUAUAUAGUGGUUACACUUUUGGUGUGUGCUCGAGAAGUACAAAAGUUACCCACCAUCAAUGGCCUUGAUGACUUGAAGAAAGCAUUACAGAGUCUUGGAUCCAUUACCUCGAACAAAAUACUGGCGGUUGAGGUCUUGUGGACUCCUCAACAAGAAAAUGAUACUCUGACGGAGAAGGAACUACUUAAAAAUUACCCGCAGCUGAGGGGCUUUUAUGAUCCAGGGUCACUUCAAGAAAGUUCAUAUGACGAGUCCCAACCUUUCUUAGGGGCUACUGUAGUCGAGGGCUAGUAAUAAGAGUAUAGUUUGGUCAAAUAUUUAGCAUGGUAUUUCUUUCACACACAGACACACUGUAUAUAUUACCACCAAAAUGAUGUCAGGUUCUUUUUAUCAUCUCAUAUAAUGUGCUAAAG